AUGAGUCAAUCAAGUAGCACUUCUUUCGCUUAUAAUCAGUGUAUGUCUACAAAGUUCAAAUCUAUACCCACCCUCGCUUUAGACACUCUCGCGCCAUCGGACAUCUUUAUUUUAUCUUCAAUAGCUAAGAACUCUGCUGAGCUGUACAAAUCUGGUCAAAGGGUCAGCGGUGUUUACACAAUCGACCCGGAUGGUUCAGGCGCCUUUAAUGUAUACUGUGACCAAACUACAACCGGUGGGGGAUGGACGGUGAUCCAGAAGAGAAUGCAUGGUUCUGUCGAUUUUAACCGCAGCUGGGAUGACCACAAGCAUGGCUUCGGUAACUUGGUCGGUGAAUUUUGGCUCGGACUAGACAAGAUAAAUCGCCUGACACGAAACAAGACAAAGAACAAGCUUCGAGUAGAUCUAGGAGUAAAAACUGGCAAGACUGUUCACUCUGAGUAUGCUGGUUUGGGAUUGGGACCGAGACAGCUAGGUAAGUAG